AAACAAAUUUGAAUUGAAAACGUGCUUAUAAUAAGAUAGUAUUUACUUCAAAUAGGUUCCUAUUUGUUUGAUUAAAUAUGUUUGGUUUUAAAAAUGUGAGAAAAGGUGUGAAAGUUAGAGAAUUCACCUUUGAUGCUUUAAAAGAAGAUGAGAAUGUGCUGAAUAAUUUUCCAAUAUAUUGUCUUCAUAUUUUUAUUCCUGGACCUAGAGUUGUGGAUGAAACUUGUACAGAAAAAAUAAUUUCCCCUAAUAAUGUAUAUUUCAUCAUUAAGCAAGUCACUGUGUCUUCACUUAUUAAAGCACCAUUCUUGGAGCAGUUUGUUAAAUGUGGUUCAUUGCAAGCAUUUUCUUAUAAAUCAAAAAUUAGACAAGAAAAUUUUAUAGCAUUGUUACCAACAGGAAAGCUUAUUCUUUAUUUGAAACAAAAUUUUGCUCAGAAUCUACUAAUAAAAAGAGAGCCUUAUCGUGAAGUAAAGAAGUCUAGUAAAAGACAAAGGCUUGACUUUCAGACUUUUGUGAUUGAUACAAAGUUACCAAGUUUUGUUCCGGGGAAAAAACCAUAUAAUUCAAUAUGGUGUGAACUGAACAAGUUGAAUGAUUUCAAAUUUGAUUUAUUGCUCAAGUGGAAUCCAGAAGGAAAUAUUUGCCCACAGUCUGUUAGAGUUUAUUUUGAAAAUGAAGGAUACAAAUGUAUAACAUGUGAAUCACAGCAUAUUUGUAAUGUUAAACCAUCUGCAUGUAUGCCAGAUAUAGACAUUAGUAAGUUUGAUUCUUCUCAUGUUGAUGCCUUAAUGGAAUGGAUUGGAAUGCAAAUUUGUGGCAUCUCUUUGGAACCAGAAAAUUCUGACACGUUUUUAUUUCACGACUCUCAGCAAAAAGAACAUUUAUACAGUGUUGGCAAGAAACCAUUGAAAAUUAAUAUGUAUGAGGGGUUUUUUGAUAUUUUCCAAGUGCGUUAUCUUCUGGAGGAAACAAAGAAACUAUUUGAAGAUCAUUCAGACAUACCUUUUAUUGUUGUAUCUAUAACCGGUUACUUCGAAUCUUUUACUUUUCGUAAGGAAUUGAAGUUCAGUGAAGAAGAUAAAAUGACUACUCUGCUGAUUACUCCAGAUUUAAAAUGCUGGGUCAUUGAUCUCUAACGAACACAAGAACUAUUUAUUUUUUACUAUGUCUGAUGUAAAUAAAAAAGUUAUUUUUAUUAACAGAAUUUAUAUUACACAUAAUU